AUGAGAUGGCAGCGGAGAUGGUUCGUCCUUUACGACGAUGGAGAACUCACGUACUCCCUGGACGAGCACGUUUCUUCACGUAAUUUUAAAGAGUUACGGCGCGUGCACCCGCACCCGCGACCGCCGACGGAAUGCGGCCGGCCGUGGGUUGUGCAAGCGAUGCGCAUGCGCAUGCCGCACCCACGGCGAUUCACCUGCGCACUUCCAACGAGCACAAUCGGCAGAAAUGCAAUCAGAGUGACCCUCAGAUAA